AUGGAGCACAUACAGCCAGGCUCGAGGGGGGUGGUCCGUCUCAACAUCCGUGGCAGCCGCUCCCGUAAUGGCACGGGGCGCGAAGCCGUCUCGAUCUCCUCGCAGCAAUGGUCCCUUCCCGUCCAACAAGCAUUCCCCACUCCGCGCUUCUCACUUGAAGAGAUCAUCACUCCAGCGGGUCCCUCGAUAUGCACACAGCCGGCGCCUCCAACAAAGCCAUGUUCAGCACGGCUUCGACCGGGUCUUUACCCUUGCGACAAUGCCGAAGCUGGCUCUUCUGUCGACGCCGACAUUGUCGCCGCGCAGACGUUCCUGCGCAAGCAUCAUCCCGACAUUGACAUUCCAGCCCACUUGCUAUCCGAACUCAUCUACGACAAUGCCAACGCUCUUCAAGAUACAGCGCACGACCUCGAUGGCUCGAUGGGUAUUGCAGAGGCGCAGGCGAUCGCCUUCCUCGGUCCUGUUGCUUUCGAGCACAUGCGAGUCUACGCCGUCGUAUGCGUAGGUGGUGACAACAACAACUGCCUCCUCCUUCAUCAACUCCAAGUACAUACCAGCACUGGCGAAUCGGUCUCGCUCAAACGAGCGCAGUCCACGAAAUCGCAAGCAAAGGGCAAAUCGAGAGCGACGGAUUCCUCCAGACUGAUCUUCGUCCCAGCGCACAGUGCAGAGCAGUUGUUCCGCACUCCCAUUCUGCAGAUCGUUGCUUCUGCGGACAAAAAGCUUCUCGCUGUUCGCACGCAUACCAGCACGAUUUUCUACUCGCUGCAACACAGAGACGGCGCAGACGGCUCUCCCUGGCUGCAACUCAAACCUGUAUAUCAGGCCCACUACGGCUCGGACGAGAUCGCUCAGCAUCAAGACAUUUGCUUCAGUCCCACCAGAUCUGCGCUGGCGGCUACUGUAGACAGGCACGGCAACAUCGAUCUAUAUCACUUUAGUCUAGAGAACAACCCUGCACAGCAAAUCGACCCUGCCUUGGAUCCGGUCGCUCCUAGCUCUGAUGUAGCUACACCAUCAGCAUCCAAAACCAAGAAGCGACAGGGCUUCCUGAAAGAACCUCCUGCCCCAUCGGCGGCAGCAGCAGCGUCGGUUACCAUACGUGUCAAAGUUCAGCGCAACCUUGUCAGACUCUCUCCUCGUGCAACGUCUGACGUUCAAGACGAUGCAACUCCGCAGUCCGAUCUCGGAGCAUUGCCCUCUAUCCAUGCGCCUUACCGCGUCCUCUUCGCUCCUGACGAUGGCAGCCUCUUUGUCUUGAAUGGCCAUGCUCUUGUCCGCGUUUCGCUCCAACACCCGGUACUUGGACCGGAAGUCGAGACCGGCUCGAACGUGGACACCAUUCUCGAGACGGGCCUUUGUCUAUCCUCGUUCAGGCGCGUGAGGUUCUACUCCAUGGCUCUGAUCCAAGCGGACUCGGAUCAUCAGCUUUUGGCCGUAUGCUCCUCAGACACGAUUUUCUGGUUUGAUCUUCAAGAACCUUACCAGCCGCUCUUUUCGACCGAGCAUCAUCGAGGAGACGACCCCACCCUCACCCUUACCUAUCUGCCUCGCCACAACGCUGCUACAGAAACAUCGGCGCGAACGGAUGACGACGUCAUCAUGUGCGUUCUGUCAUCAAAACGUAAUCAGCUGACAUCGUGCUAUGUUCUCAGCUCACAUCGACAACAGGAUUCCGGCCAUGAUUUGCUGCGUCGCACUUUGACAGAGGAUACCUCUGUUAGGUGGACUUACAAGCUUCAUCCGACGCCCGUGCUUCUUCCGAUAGUCAUCUCUCCCAGACCGCGUCACGAAAGAACUGCAGCACCACCUAUGUUCAUCGACGCGGCUGAGAUCCUUCUGGAAGAUAAGGUCUCUCGAUCGAUCCUUGCCUUCCAACUCGAUCAACGGGGCGCGUUGCUAGCGCAUGUGUUUCGGAUGCACGCUCACGAAGACAGUCCAGCACCAUCUCAUGGGAGUGUGAAGAUCGAGAUCUUGCCGCCUUUGGACUCUCACCUGUACCGCAACGAUCAGUCGCUUGACAGUCGAGCAGACAUCGACAGCUCAAGUUACGUCAAGACAAAAAAUCUUGAUUAUCAACAGCUGUACCGCAGCCUGUUUGCCGCUUCCAGUACACGGAAAGCUGACAAGCAGCGCAGCGAUGCAAUCGUUGAUGGAGGCCAUGGAGCAGCUCGUCUUGUAGCUGAUCUGUUCAACGUCCCGUCAAAGGGGCAAACCGCGGUACAAGCAGCUACGCUUUCGCUCGGUCAGCUCAUCACCCGUUUGAAUCAAGACAAUGACGUCAGAGAGCGGGUACCAUCCUCGAGAGCUCCAUGGUCCAAUGCGCUGGGACUUGAGGGGGACGAGCAAGCGGAGCAAAAACGAACAAAAGCCAUCCUCGACUUGCGAGACGAUCUUCGACGGACGCUGUCCUCACUCGGUGCGUCGUCUGCCCAAGGCGCAUGGUCUCGUGUAGGCACCAUUGCAUCAGGUCAGAACGAACAAGGGCAGGCCUCUUCCCCCCGGGAUGACGUUCUCAAGCGUGCUCUCGAGGGCUCUCGCGAUGACGUCCACGCCGAAACGGCACCGUAUCUUCCCACGGAAAAGGCGGUGCAGAGCUGGACCGCAACAUGGCGACGCUUAUUCCAACAUUCGCUGCAAAAAGCAUCUCGAGAAAUGAUGCUGGAUCUCGCGCUCGAAUCCGAAAUCUUUGUACGGCCCAAGGCUGGCAUCUUGGACGAGGGUGCGCCACGACAGCGUCCGCAGCAGCGACAAGGCACCAAUUGGACGGCAUUCGAGCAUCGCCACAUUUACCGAUUCGUCGAGGAGCAAGGCGACGUCAUCCCCCCACCGCAUGUCGGCAGUGUGGGUCUAUCGUUUUUCACACCGCUGCGCAGCGGCGAUGUGCAGGCUGCUGCUGCUGCUGCUGCGCCGGCGACAUCCGGUCACGAGCAGAACGGAUCAAAGAGGAAUCUGGAUGAGGUGGAGCUAGAAGCGCUGUUGCCGAGCACAUCGUCGACUGCGCGGCUGCUGCUGGCCGAGUGGCAGCUGGGCGAAGAUCCCACAGAGUACAACUACCUCGAUCCCUUCCAAGGCUUGCACAGGUUGCCUCGAGCGAGUCGGAUGAGGGGUUCGACGGCCCGUGCACGCUCGCGGUCCUUCUCGCGCGCCUCGAGUGUGUCGACCGAAGACCGAUCGCGCAGCCACAGCCGCAGUCGCAAGCAGUCGGCGGCUCCCUCGUUGUCCCAAUCGGGUAUAUUUGACUCGCAGGGUGCGUCGUCGUCGUAUCCUCCGUCCUUGGUGGCCGCGAGUCGAGCUGACAGCGUGUCCGCUUCGCCUGCCCCUCCGACGCUCGUGUCGAGACGCAAGCAACAACGCGAAGCCAUCUCCUCCCAGCCCAACCGCGCACCAUCGCAGGUCUACCAUCCCGCAGAUACACUGAGACAUUCGCUACGAGUGCCGCAAACAUCGUCAGCCGCACAAUCUCAACCUGCAGCCCUUCCCAGGUUCGGUCUGGCGGGCAGCUUUGCCGACUUGACGCCCAUCGUAUCGCCUCCCUCCUCACAGGUGGGCACCCCAACGCUAGCCCACCUCGGAGCAGCAUCUACCCAGAUCGAGGCAGGCCGUUUCGGUGCUCGGCCCGUCAGAGCAGACCGACCCCCAAAAAAGAAGAAGCGAGCGAGCGGAUUCUGA